AUGACAUUAUCCGUUAAUUUUGUGCCUAGGAAAAAGGUUGCCAUUGUCGGCAGUGGCUCAGCGGGAAUAGGUGCCCUGUGGGCUCUUAACCGGACACAUCAUGAUGUCUACUUGUACGAGGCCUCCGACCGUCUCGGUGGACAUACGAACACCGUCGAGUGGAAAAGGGGUAAAUUCAGAACCUUGGUCGAUACUGGUUUUAUCGUUCUAAACACAGCAACAUACCCCAAUUUCAUCAAUUUUCUGAAGAAAAUCAAUGUGCCGACCGUUGCAACGCAGAUUACUUUUGGGUUCUCACGGGAUAAGGGGAAAUUCGAGUGGGCGAGCGACAGUUUGGAUGCUAUCUUCUGCCAAAGACUAAACUUAUUUUCGCCAAGGAUGUGGAGGCUGGUCUUCGAUAUCAUCCGCUUUAACAAGUUUGCUUUGGACCUUUUGAGAGAACCAAGAAAUGGUUUGGAUGACUCUUGUUCACCCGAAAAAAAGCUGGAGACCAUCGGCCACUACCUGAAAAGACACGGCUAUUCCGACACCUUUCGAAAUGAUUAUCUCAUUCCCAUUACGGCAGCUAUGUGGACUACGAAUCCAAACAUUUGUGCUCUGGAAUUCCCUGUCGUCACACUAGUCAGGGCCAUGUGGAAUCACCGGCUCCUGAGUACAGUUUCGACAAGACCAGACUGGGUGAUAUUGGAAAACGGUGCUAAAUCAUACGUAGAUGCGGUCAUGAGAGGGUUUCCACCAAACCAUCUCUUUUGCAAGACUGCGGUUAAACACUUGUCCAACAAUGAGAAUGGCCAAGUGCAACUACACCUGGAAAACGGCAAAACUGAGGUUUACGACCAUGUGAUUCUUGCCGUUCAUGGGGAUCAGGCCUUUCAGAUCAUUGCUCCUUCGGCCACUGAGGAGGAGAAGGCGAUCAUGUCAAACUUUCGGUCCUCGGAGAACACCUGUGUCCUCCAUUCUGAUAUCUCCCUUAUGCCUAAGCGUCGAAACGCAUGGUCAUCGGGAAACUAUCUCACUUUGUCUUCCCCUUGGACGGGAAAAGACCUUGACCAAGUCUCCCUAACUUAUAACAUGAACAUCAUACAGCAUAUACCCCGCAAGGCGUUUGGCGACGUAUUGCUUACUUUGAACCCCAUCCACGAACCAAGAGCAGAGACAGUACAGGGGCGGUUCUCAUACUCACAUCCUAUAUACACGCCGGCCGCUGUUCGAGCACUUGAGCAGCUUCCAAAGAUUCAAAACAAGCGUGGAGUCAGCUAUGCUGGCGCAUGGACUGGACAUGGUUUUCAUGAAGACGGCUUCAGCAGCGGACUACAUGUUGCCAUUUCGCAUCUCGGCGCUCGUUUGCCUUUCGAGUUCAUAGACCCCACAUCGAGCCACGGAAGGCAACCUGAACUGAGUAUAAUAGAUUGGUUAUUGAGAGUUAUCAUUCUCCUCAUACAGAUAUUCCUCAUAGAUCUCCCGGAUAGAAUGUUUAGUGCGACGAAGGCUCGUAUUUCAGCCAGAGUCCCCACGAGCUCCCCAACAUCCCAAACCUCACCGCGCAGCAUGAAUUCUCUCCCCCGAAUCCCGUGGAGAGUCCUCCGGUCCAACGCCUCGUCCUGGGCAUGCACGUCAUGUCGUCGAGAAAUUGCACAGGCGAGGCAAUUGCCCGCACGAAUGGCUCGUAGGCCAAUCUCGAAUACCACGACAGCACGACAACAAACUGCACAGGCUCCGUCGAUGGACCGCUUGCGCGAGCAUUACAGACAUAAGAACCGGACGACCAUGUAUUACACUCUCAGUAUCAUCCUAGGCACUGUCGCAUUCUCGUAUGGUUCCGUGCCUAUGUACAAGAUGAUAUGCCAAACAACAGGCUGGGGUGGCCAACCGAUCAGAGCUCCCGGACACGGAGGCUCAUCGUCAGAUGGGGACCAGGCCUCGCGCUUGAUACCAGUCAAAGACGCGCGGCGCAUCCGUGUGACAUUCAAUGCCUCAGUAUCGGACGUGCUGCCGUGGAAAUUCGUACCGCAACAACGCGAGGUGCGGGUGCUGCCCGGGGAGACAGCCCUCGCCUUCUACACGGCGACAAACCGCAGCGAUAGCGAUAUUAUUGGGGUGGCAACGUACAGCGUGACGCCCGCGCAGGUGGCGCCGUACUUUAGCAAGAUCCAGUGCUUCUGUUUCGAGGAGCAGCGUCUCAAUGCGGGCGAGACGGUUGACAUGCCUGUCUUCUUCUAUCUUGACCCGGAUUUAUUGGAUGAUCUGAACAUGAGGGGAAUUAACGAGGUCACGUUGAGCUAUACAUUCUUCAAGGCUAAGUACGAUAAUAACGGGAAAUUCAAGAACUUCCCCACGACAUCAUCAUAG